GUGGUGGUGGUGGUGGUGAAGGAGGUAGAGGCUGAAGCCGAGCAAGAGGCGGUCGCGGCGGGGUCGCGCGGUGCGCGGCCCUGAAACCCUGUAAUCCUGAAUUGAGACGGCUGCGCCUGAGGACAGCAGGAGUGGCGGGGCCGCCGCCGGCGCCGGAAAGAUGAGCCGGGAAGCCUGAGGCGGAGACGCCCGCCCUCGGGCCCGUCCGCCCGGCUUCCCCGCUCCGGGUACUGAAACAUGAAAGAGACUAUACAAGGGACCGGGUCUUGGGGGCCUGAGCCUCCCAGACCUGGCACAGCUUAUUCGAGCCCCAGGAGGGAGCGUCUUCGUUGGCCCCCACCACCUAAACCCCCUCUCAAGUCUGGUGGAGGGUUUGGGCCAGAUCCUGGGUCAGGGACCACAGUGCCAGCCAGACGCCUACCUGUCCCUCGGCCUUCUUUUGAUGCUUCAGCUAGUGAAGAGGAGGAAGAGGAGGAGGAAGAAGAUGAAGAUGAAGAAGAGGAAGUGGCAGCUUGGAGGCUGCCCACCAGAUGGGGUCAACUAGGAGCCUCCCAAAGGCCUCGUCCUCCCCGCCCCACUCAUCGAAAAACCUGCUCACAGCGCCGCCGCCGAGCCAUGAGAGCCUUCCAGAUGCUGCUCUACUCAAAAAGCACCUCGCUGACAUUCCACUGGAAGCUUUGGGGGCGCCACCGGGGUCGUCGGCGGAGCCUCACACACCCCAAGAACCAUCUCUCACCCCAGGAAGGGGGUGCAACGCCACAGGUGCCAUCCCCCUGCUGUCGUUUUGACUCCCCCCGGGGGCCACCCCCGCCCCGGCUGGGUCUGCUAGGUGCUCUCAUGGCUGAGGAUGGGGUAAGAGGGUCUCCACCAGUGCCCUCUGGGCUCCCCAUGGAGGAAGAUGGACUAAGGUGGACUCCAAAGUCUCCUCUGGACCCUGACUCGGGCCUCCUCUCGUGUACUUUGCCUAAUGGCUUUGGGGGACCACCUGGGUCAGAAGGGGAGCGCAGCCUGGCACCCCCUGAUGCCAGCAUCCUCAUCAGCAAUGUGUGCAGCAUCGGGGACCAUGUGGCUCAGGAGCUCUUUCAGGGUCCUGAUUUGAGCACUGGGGAAGAAGCAGAGCGGCCCGGGGAGAAAGCUGGCCAGCAUAGUCCCUUGCGGGAGGAGCAUGUGACCUGUGUCCAGAGCAUCUUGGAUGAAUUCCUUCAAACUUAUGGCAGCCUCAUCCCACUCAGCACUGAUGAGGUGGUAGAGAAGUUGGAGGACAUUUUCCAGCAGGAGUUCUCCACGCCUUCCAGAAAGGGCCUGGUACUGCAGCUGAUCCAGUCAUACCAGCGUAUGCCAGGCAAUGCCAUGGUGAGAGGCUUCCGAGUGUCCUAUAAGCGGCAUGUGCUGACCAUGGAUGACUUGGGGACCUUGUAUGGACAGAACUGGCUUAAUGACCAGGUGAUGAACAUGUAUGGAGACCUGGUCAUGGACACAGUUCCUGAAAAGGUGCAUUUCUUCAACAGUUUCUUCUAUGAUAAACUUCGUACCAAGGGUUAUGAUGGGGUGAAAAGGUGGACCAAAAAUAACCCUUGUGGCAAUUACCAGGACCCUUUUGUGUUCUACCUGACCUCAGCUGCUCUCUCUCAGGUGGACAUCUUCAAUAAGGAGCUACUGCUAAUCCCCAUCCACCUGGAGGUGCAUUGGUCCCUCAUUUCUGUUGACGUGAGGCAACGCACCAUUACCUAUUUCGACUCACAGCGCACCCUAAACCGCCGCUGCCCCAAGCAUAUUGCCAAGUAUCUACAGGCAGAGGCGGUGAAGAAAGACCGACUGGAUUUCCACCAGGGAUGGAAAGGUUACUUCAAAAUGAAUGUAGCCAGGCAGAACAAUGACAGUGACUGUGGCGCCUUUGUGUUACAGUACUGCAAGCACCUGGCCCUGUCUCAGCCAUUCAGCUUCACCCAGCAGGACAUGCCCAAACUUCGUCGGCAGAUCUACAAGGAGCUGUGUCACUGCAAACUCACUGUGUGAGCCUCGAGCCCCAGGCCCUGGGCCCGUUAAUGGGCAGAGGGACCUGGGAGACCCUCCCCAAGAUACUCCAGUUCCUUUCCUUUCCUGCCUCUCCCCAUCCAAUUCCCUUUGGUUUUUUCAUAUUUAAAUGUUUUAAUUGA